UGAGACAGCGCUCUUUUGAACACUGGUUUCCGCCAGCAUCGCAAUCCAAGCCUGCCGCUCGGCGGGUUUGCAACAUGUCUCAAUUCAUCCAUCAUCCAUGUCGACCGAAAGGCCGAGAGCAGCCGUUGACGUUAGUAUAUUAAACUUUUUACCCGUUGUAGAUCCACAACACGAUCAAGAGAUUGGACGCAAAGGAGGAGAGCUUUCGCAACAAACUUCUCGCCAUACCUCGCGACAUAUGGUGGCAUCCGCGCGCGAGUUUUCUUUUCAUUCUUCACCAACUCUCGAAUGAUCCACUCAUGUCGUCGUCGGCUGCAGGCGCCGCGACGGUCCAGCCAUCAGAUAAUCGAGGCCCGGCCAUCCAAGUCGUUCAGAUUCUGAUGAUCGUCAUCGCUGCAACGAGCGUCAUUCUACGAUUCAUCGCCCGGAAGCUUGGAGGAGUGUCAUUAUGGUGGGAUGAUUGGUUCAUCUUGGCCGCUUCGGUCUUUUCAUUAGGCAUCAAUACCAUAAAUUUCUUAGGAGUCGAAUAUGGCAUGGGCAAACAUCUCAAAUAUAUACCCGACCACGGCAUGAGAUAUCUCCAAACACUUUACGCACUGGAAUUGGUCUACACCGCCGCGCUUGCGCUCGCGAAAAUUGGCGUCCUUCUCAUGUACCAGCGACUCUUUGGCAUCAACCGCAUGUUCUCGCUGGCCGUCAAAGUAACCAUCGGCCUCGUCAUCUGCUGGUUCAUCGGUGUCGAGGUGGCCACUCUGUUUCAGUGUGAACCGGUGUACCGGCUCUGGAUGCCGAGGACGCCUGGAAAGUGCUUCGCCAUCAUCCAAUUCUUCGAGGGCGCCGCCAUACCAAAUGUCAUCACAGACGUCAUUAUCCUCAUUCUUCCGCAACCCAUCAUCUGGAAACUUCGUCUGAAGUGGAGCACGCGACUUGCAUUGUGUGGUGUUUUCUUGCUUGGCGCCUUGACUGCUUGUGCAUCGAUUGGCCGUCUAGUCUCCAUGCUCGAAUUUGGCUCAACGAAAGACUUCACAUGGGACGCUUAUGCUGUCAUCAUCUGGUUUUCGAUUGAACCUCCCAUCGGCAUCGCUUGCGCCUGCAUCCCGUGUAUGGGACCAUUGUUCCGACACCUUCCGGGCUCACCUUUCGCAUCAACAGCAAACGGUUCUGUAUCUGGCCCUGACGGCCUUCAUUCGGGCAGCUUCAAAGGAAUCAGUGCGCCUCCAUCAUACGGGGCUCGCAGCGAGCGUAGACCGAGCGAUUUCGACACCGAGAGCCUUACGAAUCUACGCCCCGGGGUCCACUCCUCCCACGAUUCAUUCUGUACAUCUCGACCAGGCAGCGCAGCCCUUCGGCCUGGAACGGGAGCUGGACCGUACGAGUUGGACAAUGUUCAUGUACGCAAGAUCGACGACAUGACGUGAAUUUCAGAACAUCCCGGACAUCCGAACCUGGCCAUUGUCACGACCUCCAUGACUCAAGCACUGUCUCGUCUGCGCACCACAGAAGCAGCAUGUGGAACAAGAGCCGACAGGGAUGCUUACCAA